AUGGCAGCAGUUCUUUGCCAGAAUGGCUGUGGACGUGAUUGUGGGAAAGGCCCCGACGGACGCGUUUUUCCAACGUGUUGCAAAAGCUGUGCCUACCUCAAAAAGGAGCGCGACAUUUGUGGUCAUGACAUUGAUUGCGACAUCCGUGCCAAUGAAGCCGUUUGUCCACCUUGGUAUUGGAAGUCAGCAUCAGCAUGGCCAGAAAAUUUUCACGAAGAAGUUGGUGGAGCUUAUGUGAAAGAGAUGGGCACAAAGAUUCUUCGGCGCAGACUCCCAGACUGGGAAGUGGUUCAGUGCCAGCGAAUUGAGGAUGCUCUUUUGUGGGAAAAGUACACCGCCAAGCGAGCGCAGCUUCGAGACAAGUCUGUCAGUUGCGCACAUGUCUCACCUGAAACCGCCGAAAGCAUUCAAUACUCCGCUAACACAACCUUGGACCACAAAGUCAACGAGGUCUGGUUGCUCCAUGGAACAUCGGAAGAAGCAGCUAAAGCGAUUUCUCGAAGCAAUUUCUUGCCCAGCAGUGGUGGAUGCUUCGGAGCUGGUAUUUAUUUCGCAGAUGAUGCCAAGAAAAGCAAUCAGUAUGCAAAGGGCAGGACGGAGGAUGACUGCAAGAUCAUGCUCCUAUGCAGAGUCACCUUGGGCAACGUAAAGAUGCUGCCUAAGGGCCAAGAUAGAAGUGCUGAUCGAUUCGCUGAUGAUCCAAAUGUGGAUUCCAUAUUGGGCUGCACUGACACGCGGGAGUUCGUUGUGUACGACACCUCGCAGAUUUAUCCUGAGUACAUCAUGCAGAAUUUCGUUGUCCGGCUAUCCAGACUCCAAUUAUCAGGCGAUGAUGCGCAGAACAUAGCACAAGAACAGAGAAACGAGACUGUGCGAGAAAUCUUCGAGCGCCUGGACGACAACGGCAGUGGUUCCCUAGACCGAUCUGAAGUCAAAAGUCUUCUGCGGCAGCUCAACAAGGGCCACCCGCCGACAGAGGAGGAGCUUACGUUUGUCAUGAAGAUGGCAGGUGAAGGGUCGGUGCAGCCAGGCAGGACUAGAGCGGAUACCAGAAGCCUUGAGAUUGGCAGGGACAAUCUCAUGUCUGCUGUGACAUGCUGGCGGAUUUACCAAUCCUCGUUUGCAAAUGAAAAAAGUAUGGGUGUGAUACUAUUCAAGAAAUUUGAUCCAGAGAGCACCGGAAGGCUAGACCGAGAUCAGCUUAAGGCGCUCCUCGAAGAGCUCAGCGCCGAAGAGGACGUGAGUGAAGAGGACGUAGAUUUCGUUCUAGACCGUGCAGACAUUCUUCGGGAUGGAACGAUCUCCAAGAUGGAGUUGAACCAAGCAAUAGCGGCCUGGUAUCAGCGACAGAACAUAAAAAUCAGUGAGCGUGCUUCCGCAUCUCAGAGGAGUACAGUGUGCGCUAUACUCUGA